AUGGAGUACUGGGAAAGUGAUUUUGUUUUCAACGUGACUCAUCGUAGUAACGAAUACAUCGCGAAAGCUGCAAAAGGCGGAAGUGGCACACGUGAAGAAAUUGAACAGGUAAAAUUUAAAAAAAAAGAUAUUUCAGUUCAAAUUGGAAGAAUAUAUCUAUUUUCGAAAAAAUGACUCCAGUUUUAGUUUUAGAUAUAUGAAGCGUUGAUGUCACUCGUUGCGAAUGCUCCAAACUUGGAUUGUGAGGUGAAUAAAAGAAGAAUUCUUGGAAUCCAAAUGAGUUGUCAGCUACUUCGUGCUAGUCUAGGGGUAAAAAAAAACGAAAAAAGAAUAUUGUGUUAAAAAUGACUUCAGAGUGAAGAAUUGUCGGAUUCAGCGAAUUUCGUUCGCACAAUAUCGUCUACUACUGCGUAACCUUCCAAAUUUCUUUUUCCUAUUUUUGGUGGUUUUUCAGAGUUUUAACGCCUGAAAAUUCUUCAACAUGUUCUGUUGAGAUGAAUCAAUCUUCUAGGGACGAGUUGGACACUUUCGCCGAGAGCAGAAGGUUUUUUGUUGUUUAAUUUAAACAUUUAAAAACGUUAAUUUCUCUAGGAAAGCAAUCGAAUCGACUUUGGUUACCGAUUGCUCCAAUCUCCCUUCGUUUUCUGAUAUAGCCGGGCUUGGCGAGGUUUUAAUUGGAUAUUUUUGAAGAAUGGACCUUUUUUAGGCGAAAAAUGCUUUGAUUGAAGCAUUGGUGGACCCGAUUUUGUAUCCGGAAUGGUUUGAAAACACGGAUUUGCAGCCGUGGAAGGCUUUGUUGCUUUUCGGACCGCCGGGCACAGGUUCGUUUUCAUUUUGGAAACGGUUGAAAAAGUCAAUUUUUCUGAAAAUUUUCGAAUUCAGGCAAAUCCGCCUUGGCUCAAGCCACAGUCCGACAACUUGAUGCCGUUCUUUAUCAAGUUUCCUCAUCGGACCUGAUAUCCUCAUGGAGCGGCCAGUCUGAAAAGCUCAUUCGGGAACUUUUUGAGCAAGCCGCAUCUUCUGAGAGAAGUUCAUUUUUUUCUUAAUUUUUCAACUUCUAUUUUUUUAAAUUUAUAACUUCUUUUUUUCUUUUUUUGUGAAUUGUAUCGGAAUAUUUCCGAAAAUUCAUUACGCGGCAACACCAAAUUAACGCCACGACGGAAAAUGAAAUGUGUUGUACGCAGUGCACACGAUGCAUGAAAAGCGACGCGUAAAAAGCGAAACUGAAUUUUUAUUGUAAUUAAAGUGAUUUUCUAGUUAUUGUUUUUUUUUUUUUUGCAAUGACGCAUUAGUAAACCUAGUGUUUCUUUUCUCUUCCAGCAUUAUUUUUUUUCAUAACUUUUCACACAGUCGACUCUGUACAGGUUUUGAAAGAAAUCAAAAAAAAAAUUACAAAAGCUAGAUAACUAAUAAAUCCAGAAUUAUUUGAAAAAAUCUUGAAUCUGAAAAAAUAUUUAAAAUUUGCAUGACUCUCAAAAUUUUUUUUUAAAAGAUGUUUGAUCAAAAAAUUUUUAAAAAUUUUGAUUACAGUAAGUCUGUUUCGGCUCUUUAGGAUAAAAGACUGGAAAAGUUUUAUAGUGAGCUGAAAAAAAGGUUUCAGUUGAGUUUUGAUGGAACUCUUUGUUUUUUUGGUUUCUUUGAGAGAUUGAGAGUUUUGUGAUCGUAAAUUACUUCAAAAAAGAAAAUUAUCCUUAGCCGUCGUUGUAUUCAUCGAUGAGGUCGACAGCCUGUGUCGAGAACGGUGUUCGGAAGAAGGCGACGCGAAUAGAAGAGUCAAGGUUGUUACAACCAUUUGCUCAUGUUAGCUCACCAUUUCUCAGACUGAACUACUCGUCCAAAUGCAAAAACUGCAGCAUUCCAAGCAGGUCAUUUUAUUGUGUGCCACCAAUUGCCCUUGGGACUUAGAUCCGGCUUUUUUAAGGAGGUUCAUGAUCAAAAGUCUAUUAACAUUUUCAAAAUUGUAGGUUCGAGAAGAAAAUUUACAUUUCGCUUCCUGAGACCGAAGCGCGAGUCGAAAUUUUGCAGAAACGAUUGGAGGUUGGUUUUUCCUCGCUGUUUCAAGCCGAUAAGAAUGGAUCAAAAAUCGCUUUUCUCAAAGCCAUCUAGCAGGGUUGCGCGGAAGAGAUUUGCGGAACUGCAGUUGAAUCAAAUCAAAUCAUUUAUUUUGUUGUUUUAGUCUGAUGUAAUCGACUAGGCGGUGAACAAGAACUUUAAAAGCUAUAACGAACAACCGCCUUUGGCGAGCUAGAAGUCCAAACGUGUAGUCGAAAGAGUUGAAAGCAUGGUCUUACGGUCCUUCGCCUCGUCCUUCUGCGCGUAGUCCAUCCAGUUGCGCCUUGACGAGCUCAGAAUGUAGUGGGUGGUGUAGCUGGAGCCCGGAGACCGUGCUCUAGGUGGAAGCCUCAGAAUGAGAGCGACCACUUCGAGUGAAGAUUUUACACGGAAUCGAAAUUUUGAAUCGAAAUUUCGAAAUUUUUGAAUCGAAAUUUUUGAAAGUUGAAUCGAAAGUUGAAUCGAAAUUUUUGAAAGAGAAGGUUUUUUCGUCGGAGAAAAGUUGUUAAAAGUGAAGUUGUGUGCAUUUUGAAGAUAAAUAUAGAAAAGUUAUUUUUAAAAAGGGUACCAUUAUUUAGAAAAAGUCCGAAAACAGUUUUUACGGAACACGGAAGGUGGAAGGAAGUGCCAUUUUCGGAUGUUUCUAAACGAUGAGAGCUUAAUUAAAAUAAUUUUUUGAUUUUUUUAUCUUCCAAACACUCCUAGAUUCACUAUCAUCAACUUUUUUACGAUGAAAAAAAUUUUACACCGCUGAAAUUUCAAUUCAAUUUCUUCCGUGCAACACUGCCAUCUAGCCAUGUUUCGAAUGCGCUCAUGAUUUCCGAAACCGAAAAAAACGGUCUCUAUUAAGUAAGUCCAUAAGUUCUUUCAAAAAAAGUUCUUAGUCAUUAUUUGUGUCAAACUUUUGAGCUAUAAUGUUUAUAUUUUAAAAAAUUUUUGAUUUCAACGUUUUCUUGACCUAGAAAACGAGCCUCGAUACAUUUGUGACUUUCGAAUGGCUGGCCAGCAUGACCGAAGGCUUCAGUGGCGACGAUAUCCGAAGACUUUGCAGUGAACUCGCCUACUUGCAGUUCCGGUUCUUCAAGGUUUUUACUCGAGAAAGAAAAUCAGAUGAAUUUUUCGAGUCUACGUUCAAAUAUUCGAAAGCUAGAGAGCAUUGGUGGACAAGAGGGCGAUCAGAGAAAAAAAAAACGUAUACCCUCUUAUUUUUGAACGCUCUCUAACUUUUGAAGGUUCAUAGUAGACUCAAGAAGUUUAUUCAGAUUCUACGUUUUUUUUUUUGAAAAAUUCGAAAGCUAGAGAGCUUUGGUAAACAAGAGGGCGUUCACAGAGAAAAAAUCGCCACCCUCUUAUUUUUGAGCACUCUCUAACUUUCGAAAACUCAGCUUCUUUUUCAGCAAAAGCGACAAUUCGAUGCAAGUUUUGACAAGAAAAAGCCUCUUGAUAGGUAACUCUUGAACAAUUUUCCACUUUUUCUAUGUAUUUUUUCCAGAGAAGACGUCUGCUCUGUACUAUUGAACUUUGUGAAAACUGUUGAUGAGAAGCAACUGUCGCGAUUUGAACAAUAUUUGCGACAAUAA